AUGAAAUUUACAUCCGAGUCAUCAAAUCGAAGGCCUCUCCUGUCCGGCCCAUAUCACUCUGCACCAUGGCGUCCAGGCCCGGCGAUUUUGCAAAAGUACGACUCGGAAUCCGGACAAACAUAUUCUGAACUAGAAGUGCGCCCAAACCGACACAAGUACUCAGACUGGAUUGGUGAGCCCAAGACACCUGGUAUGGUUCAAAAGCCACCUCCGAAUGAGAAUGGUGCUCGCUCUUUGGCGGGCAUGGCGAGGAUCAAAGUCGCUACUCAGUUCAGGAAUCUUACUUCGGAGCACUUUGCAACUGUGCCGUGGUCAAUGGCACGGAGGGUCUGGGAUCAACUGCUGUCAAUGCGGGCGGAGAGUUUUCACGCUUGGAGGACACUGGCGGCGGCAUAUCCCGGUCCAGAAGAGUUUGGAGCGCGUGAAUACCGAUAUCUUUUGGAUAUUAAGCAACCGCUAGUCCCGAUUACGACGUAUUUCAACGAAAUCACAUCCAAAGAAACAAAGUGGUUUAGUUGCCUCCGAAUUUCGCCAAAGGAGAUGGCCGCCAGCAGCCUCAUGUCGAUCCACACAAUAACCAACCUGGCUGUGCUUGAUCUGUCGGAUGGCCAGGUUACCAUUGACAACGAGGUUUCCAAGUUUGACGAACGGUUUCUACGCUCCUGGGCAGAACUGGCACGAUCGAGGGAAGCUUUUCAACACCUACGAGUGAUACUGUUCGGUUGGCAGGAACAUCUAUCGGACUGGAUCUUCAAAUAUACGGACUGUUUCCCAUCUUUAUGUCACAUUAUCAUCACAGAUUGUCCAAGAAUGCACCAAAAGAACCGAGCAAUGUGGGAACUAACCUCGCAAGCCGCUGGCUGGGAAGCCAUGCACGCGAAGAAGAGUGCAAAAAGCCUACGACCGAUCAUCGGAAACCAGGACUUUGCUUUUGGCUCGAUAUCGGGUUGUUACUAUGAUAGCAUGGAGCUGUUCAGCCAGUUGGUGCACAAUCGCCGGCCCAACCUGGCAGACAGUCGGCCAUUACUGGAAUUAUGGAUCGGUAAUCCUCGACAAUGGUCACAUAUUGUAGACGAUUUCCCUUCCACGAGGACGAUUUUCCUGGAGAACAUCAAGAGACAGAACUGGAAGGCAACAGAAGGACCUUCUACCGGCGGCGACCGUGAGCCGGCGAAGAGGAUGAGAAAUCAAGAACAAGCAGCUCCGGAAGCGGCAUCGCCUCCUUCGAAGCGAGGGUCGCGAGCAAGACCUGCGAUGAAGUCGCACGGGAAGAAUGUAUUAGCGGACAUGCUGAAUGAGUUCAAGACGUAG